AUGUCUGGAAAGUUGCGAAUUAUGCUUGCUUUGGACGUGCUGAGGCUGCCUGAAGAAAAAAUCAUUGAAGUAGCCAAAUUCACGAAAAAAAUCCAACUCAAUGCGAUCGUCGAUGGAGAGAUCGACUUUUGGGAAUUUACCUCCGAGACCAUCAGGAGAGUUUUCAUGAUGGUCCAGAUGAUUGUGAAAAAUAAUCAGCAGUCCAUUAUGAGUUUGGAAGAGUUGAAAAGGAGAGUCCAGCAAGAUGAGACGUUGCUGAAUGCUGUUGACAAAUAUUUGCCAAAAGAGGAAAGUAAAAGUGAUACUAGCAGCCGCGAUAGCAGCAGCAGCAUCAGUGAUAGCAGCAGUGACAGCAGCAGCAGCAGUGAUAGCAGGAGUGACAGCAGCAGCAGUGAUAGUAGCAGCGACAGCAGCAGCAGUGAUAGCAGGAGUGACAGCAGCAGCAGUGAUAGUAGCAGCGACAGUAGCAGUGAUGAAGAAGAAAUUGAAAAGACUUCGCACGCUAACAACUUCGAAGAGAAUUUUCAAAAAUUGUUAGAAUGCAGCUAUUAUUGCAAGAUCUUUACUGAUGAUGAGAAAAAAUCAGUAAAGAUGACAAUCAAGAGGGAUAUUAAAGUAAAUCUUGAUCUAAGUGAGAGUGAAAGUGAAGAUGGAGAUGAACCUGAGAAGGCGACCUACUCGGAUCCAAGGUGUAUUAAGGUAUCUGUGGCCUUAGAACGCCUUGAUUCUAUUCCGACAUCAUUGAUUAAAAAACCAGUGAUGUUUGGUCAAACCAUCAGCCAGCCUACCAGCCGAGCUAGCAGUCAAGCUAGCAGCGAAGCUGGCAAUCAAGCCAAGCGAAAAAAAUCACUGGGAGCUCAGGAAAGGAUUUUGAAACGAUUUAGGCAAUUCAAGAGAAGAAAGUGA